AUGAACAUGGUGAACAUUGGCGUCUUCCUUGGAUCUGCAUUUGGAAUUAUUUCAGAUGAGAAGUCAUUUGAUGAAAGAGUUCAGUCUGGGCUAUUCAGCCUGGUUUACUACAAUAAGUGUGGCCACAAGUGUAAGGAGUUGCAGAAUGCAAUUGGAUAUAUCUCACAGAGUUACUACCUGGUGGACAUAUCAAAGGACAUAGAGGCAGCAGGAAAGAUGAAUUCAUAUGGAAUAAUGGACGCAGAAGAAUAUCCUAUGAUCUUCUACAACGGAAAGUUCUUUCCAGAUCCAUACGAGUCGAAGGAGUUGGAUCAGAUUCUUCUUCUUGAGCCUAAUCACUAG